AUGGAUGCUGUCAUUGUGACAAAUCUGACUCCUGGAUUUUUGGGGGAGUGGUCUGGAGGACAAAACCGGAAGAGGGCGGGGCUAAUUUCCUUCAACAUGUCAAAGAGAGGCUGUCCUGGAGUGUGUGGUUUUACAUGUAAUAACUGUUGGGCUCACACGUGGCUCAAAACAUUUCUUAAGAGACAUUUCCACAUCCCCGGCUGACAGGAAUAAGCUGUGGGUGUUGAAAUGUCUGCGGCGCAGCCUUCUGGAGUUGGUUCUUCCAUGAUGGAAAGGAGCUUGUUUAUGAUAGUGCAGAGUCCUGCCUCAUGAAGCCUCUGCGGGGAGAUUCUGUGGACUUGAGCAGCAUGACCCUGUGGAUCCUGCUGGUGUUUUUCCAGGUGUGCGCAUCCUCUUCUCUGACUUUAGGGAGAUCUGCGCAUGCCUGCCUUGAUCGAGCCUGCAACCCCCGCAUGGGGAACUUGGCGCACGGCAGACUUUUACGCACGCGCUCAGAGUGCGGCUCCAACGCUUCCGAGCCCUUCUGCUCCUUCACGCAGACCUCUGCGCCCCGCCGCGGCGAAUCCUGCUCCCCCGCAAAGUGCAGCGUGUGCGCCACCUCCUCCACCUCCUCCUCAUCCUCCGCGCUCUCGCAUCCUCCCUCCGCCAUGACCGACUCCUCCUUUCGCUUCCCCGACACUUGGUGGCAGUCCGCCGGGGAGAUGGAGGAGGAGACGCUCCAGCUGGACCUGGAGACCGAGUUUCUCUUCACGCAUCUGAUCAUGGUGUUCCGCUCCCCGCGUCCCGCAGCCAUGGUGCUGGAGCGCUCCCAGGACCGCGGACGCACGUGGAAGGCGCUCAGAUACUUCGCCCGGAGCUGUGAGGAGGUUUUUGGAGUGGCGGAGGGGUCACCUGUCAGGGGAGGUGGCGCAACUUGUACCUCCAAGUAUUCUGGAGCUUUUCCUUGCACCAGAGGAGAGGUGAUUUAUCGAGGCUUGUCGCCUUGGAGCUCAGUGGAUCCCUACGGGCCGGUUGCUCAGGACCAGCUAAUGAUCACCAACCUCAGAGUAAAACUUUUGCAAAGGCAGCAGUGUCCUUGUUUGACUAAACCGUCAAAUGUUCCUGCCUUCCCUGUGGACCACUACGCCAUCUACGACUUUAUCGUUAAAGGCAGCUGCCUUUGCAAUGGACACGCUGAUGAGUGCGUACCAGCCAGAGGCUAUCAACCCAACCGACAGUACGUCCCGAGCACGGUUCACGGGAAGUGCGUGUGCAGACACAACACAGCCGGCGAUCACUGUGAGCGCUGUGCACCUCUGUUCAAUGACCGGCCGUGGCAGGCAGCCAACGGCAUCAUGGGUACACCGCACGGAUGCCAGAAGUGCAAGUGCAACGGCCAUGCCAGCAGCUGCCACUUCAGUCGGGGGAUGUGGUUGGCAACAGGUCGGCGGAGUGGAGGAGUGUGUGACCAAUGUCGCCACAACACAGAAGGCCGCCGCUGCCAAAGCUGUAGGAGGGGCUACUACAGAGAUGCAAGCCGUCCAAAGAGCGCAGCGGACUCCUGCAAACCCUGCACCUGCAACCCCGUGGGCUCCGUCCUCUCAGCCGAUGGCCAUCUUUGUGACCCCAGCAACGGGAAGUGCUCUUGUAAGCCCGGCGUUGGGGGCCCCCGCUGUGAUAAGUGCUCAGUGGGACACUGGGGGCUGCAUGAGCACGGCUGCCGCCCAUGUGACUGCCCGGGGGACUGCGACCCUUACACUGGAGACUGCAGUUCUGGCUCAGAUGUGGAGAUCCUCUAUGCAGCCGCUGACACCAGGAGACAAAACAGCAACAAGAGUGAGACGGCACUCUUUAGGGGAGAGGAGCUUUUCUCUGCACUGCACCACUCUGUGAAAUGUGAGUGUGAAGAUGUCGCAUUUGACAGCCCUAAAUACUUCUGUUCUGCAGAGUUUGACUAUGUGGUGGUGGUUAAGGUGAUGUCCGCUCAUGACGAAGGCUCUCACGUGGAGUUGGAGGUCAAAAUAAAGAAGGUGUUGUAUCAGAGACCACGGAUGAAGAUUCAGCAGGAAAGUGUCACUCUUUACCCCGAGUCCUGGACCGUCCACGGCUGCACCUGCCCCAUUCUCAACCCAGGAUCUGAGUACAUAGUGGCCGGUCAUGAAGACUGGAACACCGGCCGACUUCUCAUUAACAACAAGAGCCUCGUUAAACCAUGGAAACCAACCCUUGUGCGCAAAAUUCUCAACAUCUGCAGAAAAUGUCACAGUAACUCAUGAAGAAUGUUGAACAGUGAGAGUGGAUGGAGGUGCUGGACCACCACGGGGACCCACAGAAUCAUGCUGCAUCAACCAGUUCACAAAUACCUCUAAAAUCAGGAAUUGUCUGGACACAAAAAACCUUUAGGUUUGUGUUUUAUGUCUGCAAAGUUGUAACAAGUGCAUACCUUUUGUUUGCCUUGUUAGAACAUAGUUACUGCAGAGUGACAGUAGUUCAUGAGAAAUUUGCCUCGCUGGAGUAAGCCCACCUCCACUUCCCGUUACCCAUCUGUUAACAGAGUCUUUUAGGUAACAGCCCCUCACACCCCAACCUAACAUUACUGAUGCACCAAAAAUGCAAUAUUGGAGCUAUCCAGCUGUUUUGAGUCAGAUGCCAGCUCAGACGAGGAAAAUAAAUACGUACAUGGAUCUAGUCGUCUACAAGUGGAUUCAUGAGAAUGUAGCGGAGCAGGAAGAUUGUCACCUGCCGAUUGUAGUUUCUAUGUCCUAACUGUAAGUUUUUUCCAACAGCAUUUUGUUGUCUGUUCCCGAUUCACGACUAUUUGAAUAAACAAAAUACUCAGAAAUAAGAUUUUAAGCCAAAUUUUCUUAAAAUACAAGAAGAUGUUAAAAACACAUUAUUAUCAGAGUGCGUCUUUACAGAUAAUAGUACAUUUCCUGGACAUUAUCAUUAAAAUUUUUUAAAAGCACAAAUGAAAAUGUUGCAGGUCUCAGAUAUUUGUGAAUAAACAAUGAAAGAUGUACUAGAGAAUUUUUUUGUUUUUUUACCUGAGUUCCAGUUCUUCCCCCUGGAAUUUAAUCUUAACAGUUUAAAAUCAGUCUGUCAUGCCACCAAACCCCAGAUCAGCUUCCUUAUAACCAGUUUAGAUUGAAACUUUAGAGACUUUCUUUGAAAAACUUUUCAAGACAA